CAUCAGAAGUGGUUUGCACUACUAGACAGCAUCGAAACAAGAGAACUUGACACUUGUAAUAACUAAUAACUAAAAUACCAUAAAGUUAGACACAAGUACGUACUACCAUGAAGAAAAGAAUCGCUUUCCGUAAAUUGAAUCGCACAUCGGCACACAAAUGGAGCAUGUUGCGAAACAUGGUGAGCUCCCUUGUGGAGCACGAACGCAUCGUAACAACGGAAGCGAAGGMAAAAGAAUUGCGCCAUCUGGCGGACCAGAUGAUUACUCUAGCGAAAAAGGGCCAGCCAUCUGUGGAUGACAAGAAUGGCAAGGCAAAGACUCCCGGCGAACUACUGCACCAUCGACGGCAAGCAUCUCGCAUCGUAAGAGGAGAGUGGAACGUGACAAAGUUAUUCGAGGUAUUGGGCCCACGCUAUAAGUUUCGCGAGGGUGGGUACACAAGGGUAAUGAAGUUGGCGCGCCCAAGGGCAGGAGAUAACGCACCGAUGGCGGUCAUCGAAUACGUCGACCGUCCCGGAGAAAUCCGUGCGGCUCGUCCCCCAUCGAUAUUCACUGCGACGUCUUCAAACGGAAUGAACGGUAUCGAAGAUGCCUUGAGAAAAAUGGGGAUCCCUCCAACGGAGGAGUUGGUAUCUGAUGAAGAACAGGAAUCUAUAGAGGAGGAAUUAAACAAUGAAACUAACAAUAAAAGCGACAAUGACGAAAACCCAACGAAAAAAAAAUAGGGAAUUCACUCUAUCGAUACAUYCAACGUGACGUGAAAGAGCGCAAACGGUAAACUAAACCAACAAGAAUACGAUAGAAUUCUUCUUUUUGUGGCUUURCGAUGAAAUUUCCAAACGAUUGGCCAUUGCCAGUGAGAGGYCGAAUAUGAUUWGGCGAGAUCACAUUCAGUGCAAUGCAUGGCGACGAUAUUUUCUUCAAUGGAAUGUACAGCAUGAGGAAGGGGCGAAAUAGAAUAUURAAAAACAGUGCCACAUUUAACGAUUGAGAUACUGGGCCAAAAUAUAUUGCAUUGAUGUGGUAUCUUACAGUACAAUAGGUUGCCGAUGAUGGGAAGACGAGAAAAACAAUAGAAAACCCAAGAAACU